UAUUGAUUAGUUUCGCUUGGUUAAUUAUUAUUUUCAUUAUUUUAUUCUUGCUGUUGUUAAUUAUUUCAGUAGCGGCAUUUUCGUUGCGUUUUCCAACAAAGCACGCGCCUUAUUUUUGGUUGCCUGGCAACCGUUACAACAAACAACAUGGCGGACAACGCGCAAAGUGCAGAGGUGGAAAAAAAGAUUCGAGCAGCUUUCGAAGCCUUUGACUACCAAUCGAACAGCACAGUCGAUGUCCGUGAGAUUGGCACCAUCAUUUAUUCUCUGGGCCGCUUCCCCAGUCAGGCAGACCUGCACAACUUCAUAGCUGAGGUGGAAGAGGACCAGACCGGAUGCAUCCACCUGGACCGCUUCCUUCCCGCAAUGACAAGAAUUCUGAUGGAACACAAGUUCCCUCCCAUCUCCGAGGACGUGCUGCUGCAAGCCUUCGAGGUUCUUGACAACGAAAAGAAAGGCUUCUUGGACCCAGAUGUUCUGUCGCAGUACAUGAUGGAUGAAGUUUUUUUGCACGUGUGUCAACGACAGGUGAGGCCUUCACUCAGGAGGAGAUGGACGAGAUGCUGACGGCCCUCAUGGACCACGAAACCAAUCUCAUUUACAGCAAAGACUUACUCAACCAUCUCAUCCUGGACCCUGAAGUGUAGACCACCCCACAGUGGGCGUGAUUUGUAAUAAAUGUACAUUAC